AUGACUGCCACAGAAAAAGACCUCCGUGAAGGAGGGCCUGUUGUCGUUGUACCAGAAAGAAUGAUGGCUCAACGAUCACAGUCCCACCAUGGCGGCUUUGCGGCCUCGUUGGAGACGGCUCGAAAGGAACUGGAUGCUAUGGAUCUCGAGGAAGAAGCUCUUAUUUCGCCUUCCUCGAGCACACCAGAAACCCCUGGCUCACCCAUCACACCUGCAGACAUUCCAACUGCAGAUUCGUUUGCGUUCGCCUUUGACAUUGAUGGAGUGCUGAUCCGUGGUGGCCGGCCUCUCCCAGAAGCCAUCGAAGCCAUGAAGGUCCUUAACGGCGAGAAUGAGUACGGCAUGAAAGUACCGUACAUCUUCUUGACCAAUGGUGGGGGCAAGACAGAAGCAGAACGGUGUAUUGAUUUAUCUCGUCAGCUCGAUAUCGAAGUCUCUCCAGCCCAAUUUAUCUGUGGACAUACGCCCAUGCGAGAGAUGGUGGAGAAGUACGAGACUGUGUUGGUUGUUGGUGGUGAAGGAGAGAAGUGCAGGCAAGUAGCCGAAGGCUAUGGCUUCCGCGAUGUCAUCACUCCUGGAGACAUCAUCAAAGACAACGAACACACCACGCCAUUCCGGAAGUUGACUGCAGAGGAGAAGGCAAACUCUAGAACUCGCAACUACGGUGAGACUAAGAUUGAGGCUAUCUUUGUUUUUGCCGAUAGUCGUGACUGGGCUGGCGAUAUUCAAAUUAUGCUGGAUCUCGCCAUGUCUAAGGGAGGCUAUAUCGGUACCCUUUCAGAGACUUUCGACGAGGGACCACCAAUCUACUUUUCUCACAACGACAUUGUCUGGUCCGCAGCUCACGACAACGUUCGGCUAGGCAUGGGAGCUCUCCGAAAGAUGGUCGAAAUGCUUUUCAAGGAUGUCACCAGAGGCAAAGAACUGGAGACUAUUGCAUUUGGGAAACCACAAAUAGGAACGUUCGAGUUCGCUACUCGCUUAUUGCAGCAAUGGCGUAAGGACGAGCAUCGCAUCAACAGACCUCCCGAGACCGUCUACUUUGUCGGCGACACCCCUGAAAGUGAUAUCCGAGGCACCAACCAGUUCAAUGCUAAGGCAAAGAACGAAUGGUACUCUAUCCUGGUCCGAACUGGUGUCUUCCAAGAAGGCACCGAGCCUGCAUAUAAGCCAAAGGUCACCGUCAACACCGUUCUUGAUGCCGUGAAGCACGGCAUGAAGCGUGAAUUUUCAAAGAAAAUGAAGGAAGCCGGUGGAGACAUCGCCAUGAACAGUUUGGCCCUGAAGAAUCUUUCCACUUUGAAUGGCGAUGUGGGAGUCAAGACCCCGAUCGUGGAAGUCAGCGAGUCGAACACUCCUGAAGUUCGAACUCCAGACGUCUAA